AUGCCGGCCCAAGAUGUCACGGUACCUCCCUCGGAAGCCGAGACUCGCCGUGCCCACGAUCCAUUUCAGGAAAGCGUGCUCUCUGGGCGUGCGCAGGUCUCGUCGAGAGGCUCCGAGACGACCCAACACCUGGCGUCGAGAAACGGCCGCACCAGGGAUUCCGGUUCAUCCACAAUUCCGCGAGAGAAUAUUUCUCAACACAUGGCGACCACAGCGACGGCCCAUGGUCUCGCCUCUCUAGAUUCACUCACUUCGUACGCUGCGCCGUUUUGGAUCCGGCACCUUGAGAUGUUGGAUUCCGUGGGUGCCACGCUGCUAGGCUUGUGCCCACAAUCAUGUAUUCUUUCGAAAUUGGCGAGGCGGCUCGGCGAUACAGGCCAGACGUGGCGGAAAUUCGGUGUCGUCCUGAGCAUCUGGCCAUCAAGUUCUCGUCCAGCAUGCCGCGGGUGGGUAGCCCGUUGCCAGAUAUGGAGCAUUGAAGGGAGCCCCGUCCAGGCCGCCGAUAUCCGAAUACUCUGUAAUCCCGACGAGAUAUGGUUGGUUGUCGUUAGCCGUCUUUCCAUUUCCGAAGAGGCCGCGUUUGCCAUAAUCGACGACACGAUCGCCCCGCUCUACCCAUCUACCCAUCCGCGCCCGGUCCUCAACCUCGCCGCCGGCGACCUGCACGAUACGAGCAAUCGUCCAGUCUCUCCCGACCAAAGAUCUUCCGCCACUUCGCGCACCCCAUUCCGACCCGGCGAGAUGAUCCACGCAACCGUCUCGUCCACCACCGCCCCACAAUCCGGUCCUGCGGCGCUGCCCGCAAGCUCAAGCUCUGUCGUCACGCUAGAGGUGGCCACGUACGGCGGCGGCGGCGAGCGAGAUAUCCUCGGCCUCCUCGCGCCCCCGCGCUGGCACGGUCUUAACCAUACAUUUGCCAUAGUCCAGCUGCCACAGGACCAGAGCAGCAUGUUGCGGGUGCUGCUGUACAUGGCGCCCGCGCCUAGCUACGACAUGUCGCCGCCGCCGCCAGGCAACAACUCCACCCACCACCACAACCACCACCACCAGGUCGCGUACCCCAUGGUCAUCGACCGCCACGUCGGCGCCAUCAGGCGCGCAGCGGGCAAUACAAGUAAUACACAGCCGGCCGCCGACACGAGGAGGCUACAGGUCGUUCGGGAUAAUAUGGGGCUCAUUGAGCGCCCCGACAGCCCACUCCCAGUCGACGGAUUGGAAAUCCGGACCGACAUGGGCCGUGCUGACACGGGCAGCCGGGAUGAGGAAGAUCUAUAA